AUAAGUAAAAAUACUGGAAGCUAGCAACUUGUCAAAGCUCUCCCACUCUUUGAAAUCUUUAUUACAGUAUAGAUUGACUGUUAGAUUGCAAGUUUUUUUUUUUGUUUGGCAACAAAUUAUUUCUUUACAGGUAGCUAUAAGAAAUCAAGAAUCAGAUUGCCGGCCCAGGGUUAUUGUGAGGCAAAAUGGAAGCAACCGGAAUUCGAAUUGCUGAACAGGGAGGCCCCUAUCACCCUCUUGGGGAAGGAGACGCCAUUGCUUCCGAUGAUGUGCGCCUGAAGCAGCUCGGUUACAAGCAAGAACUCAGCCGGGGCCUCUCGGCAAUAGCAAACUUCUCGGUGACUUUCUCCAUAAUAUCGGUGAUCACCGGUCUGACCACGACGUACAGUACGGGUCUCACAUACGGUGGGCCCCUUACCAUGGUUUAUGGAUGGCCAGUGGUGGGCAUGUUCACUCUCAUAGUGGGCCUAUCGAUGGCUGAGAUUUGCUCUGCUUUUCCAACUUCUGGUGGGCUCUACUUUUGGAGUGCCAUGCUCUGCGGGAACGACUGGGCCCCUUUAGCUUCUUGGCUCACUGGUUGGGUGGUAUCGAACUUUGCGUUUUCAUUUUCAAUCAUUUCUGUGCUUACUGGUGUAACCACCCUUUACAACACUGGGCUAAACUAUGGUGGGCCAGUUUCUCUCACUUAUGGCUGGUUAAUAGCCGGUACUUUCACCAUGCUUGUUGGGUUGUCCAUGGCUGAGAUUUGUUCCUCUUAUCCUACCUCUGGUGGUCUCUACUAUUGGAGUGCCAAGCUUGCUGGCCCACGAUGGGCACCCUAUGCCUCAUGGAUGACUGGCUGGUUCAAUAUUGUUGGUCAGUGGGCUGUUACAACAAGUGUAGAUUUUUCGCUAGCGCAGCUGAUUCAAGUGAUGAUUUUACUUAGCACGGGUGGAAAAAAUGGAGGUGGAUACGAGGCGUCUAAAUAUGUUGUUAUAGGUUUCCACGGGGGAAUUUUACUCCUACAUGCAAUCAUAAACAGUCUUUCGAUCUCUUGGUUAUCUUUCUUUGGACAGUUAGCUGCUGUAUGGAACAUAAUAGGCGUCUUUGUUCUUAUGAUUCUCAUUCCCUCUGUUGCGAAGGAGAGAGCUAGUGCCAAGUUCGUUUUCACUCACUUCAACACCGAUAAUGGUGAUGGAAUCAACAAUAAAUUAUAUAUAUUUGUUCUGGGACUUCUAAUGAGCCAGUAUACCCUAACAGGGUAUGAUGCCUCUGCUCAUAUGACAGAGGAAACCAAGAGCGCAGAUAAGAAUGGACCAAGAGGAAUAAUCAGCUCCAUUGGGAUAUCUAUUAUUGUUGGAUGGGGUUACAUACUUGGCAUCACCUUUGCAGUAACUAACAUCUCAUACCUUUUAGAUGAAAACAACGAUGCUGGUGGUUAUGCCAUUGCUGAAAUAUUCUACCUAGCAUUUAAGAGUAGAUAUGGCAAUGGAGUUGGGGGGAUUAUUUGCUUGGGAGUGGUUGCUGUCGCCAUAUUUUUCUGUGGUAUGAGUUCAGUUACUAGCAACUCAAGGAUGGCUUAUGCAUUCUCUAGAGAUGGAGCCAUGCCAUUUUCAUCAGUUUGGCAUAAAGUAAACGGGCAGGAGGUCCCCAUAAAUGCAGUUUGGCUCUCUGCCUUUGUAUCAUUUUGCAUGGCACUGACGUCUCUUGGGAGCACAGUGGCAUUUGAGGCAAUGGUAUCCAUAGCAACUAUUGGACUGUACAUUGCUUAUGCCCUACCCAUCUUCUUCAGGGUGACUUUGGCACGCAAGUCGUUUAUCCCAGGACCUUUCAAUUUGGGCCGCUAUGGGGUCCUGAUUGGAUGGGUUGCUGUUCUUUGGGUGGUAACCAUCUCAGUCCUCUUCUCAUUGCCUGUAUCCUAUCCCAUCACCAAUCAGACACUCAACUAUACUCCUGUUGCAGUUGGCUGUUUGUUCAUUCUUACUGUUUCUUCUUGGAUAUUCAGUGCUCGUCACUGGUUUAGAGGUCCUAUAACCAACAUAAAUACCUGAUCCUGUAUAAUCAUUGAUCUUCAUUUCUGACAAACAUCAAUAGAAUAUGAUUUUUUUUUCUUUUUCUUUUU